GAAUGCACACAUUUCCAUUUCCUACACGACGUCGUCUCCCCUUUACCCUAGUGUUGCGCAGCACUGCCCUAAAAAGACACUAAAACCCUGUGAAAACCCCAAAGUCUCGUCUGCAAGAAAUGGCGUCUGUAGCAUUACGAAACCCAAACUCAAGGCGACUCGCUCUUCAACUCUCUCCUCAACUCUUCUGUACUUGUCGCGGAUCUAUCACUCCCAAUGUCUCUCAUUCUGUCGCCCCAAACGACGCCGUUUCCGCCUCUCCCUGGUGGAGCAGAUCCAUGGCCACUUUUACUCGCACGAAACCUCAUGUCAAUGUAGGCACAAUUGGGCAUGUUGAUCAUGGAAAGACAACUCUAACAGCUGCAAUUACAAAGGUGUUGUCUGAGGAAGGAAAUGCCAAGGCUAUUGCCUUUGAUGAAAUUGACAAGGCCCCUGAAGAGAAGAAGAGAGGAAUCACAAUUGCCACGGCCCAUGUCGAGUACGAGACAGCCAAGCGGCAUUAUGCGCAUGUAGAUUGUCCAGGCCAUGCCGAUUAUGUUAAAAACAUGAUUACUGGAGCCGCUCAAAUGGAUGGAGGUAUUUUGGUUGUAUCUGCCCCCGAUGGUCCUAUGCCACAGACAAAGGAACAUAUUCUGCUUGCACGUCAGGUUGGUGUGCCAUCACUUGUCUGCUUUCUGAACAAAGUUGAUGCCGUUGAUGAUCCUGAGUUACUAGAACUUGUAGAGAUGGAGCUCCGAGACUUGCUCAGCUUUUACAAGUUCCCUGGAGAUGACAUCCCGAUUAUCCGAGGUUCAGCUUUAUCAGCUUUACAGGGUACAAAUGAAGAAAUUGGAAAGAAGGCUAUACUAAAGUUGAUGGAUGCUGUAGAUGAAUACAUUCCAGACCCUGUCCGCCAACUUGACAAGCCUUUCUUGAUGCCUAUAGAAGAUGUUUUCUCAAUUCAGGGGCGUGGAACUGUUGCCACUGGUCGUGUUGAACAAGGAACAAUUAAAGUUGGUGAGGAUGUCGAGAUCCUAGGACUGAUGCAGGGAAAUUUAAAGUCUACAGUGACUGGUGUCGAGAUGUUCAAGAAAAUAUUGGAUCAUGGAGAAGCUGGUGAUAAUGUGGGUCUUCUUUUGCGUGGGUUGAAAAGAGAUGAUAUUCAAAGAGGACAGGUGAUUGCAAAGCCCGGUUCUGUGAAAACGUACAAAAGGUUUGAGGCGGAGAUAUAUGUCUUGACAAAGGAUGAGGGUGGUCGUCAUACUGCCUUUUUCUCAAACUACAGGCCCCAGUUUUACCUGAGAACUGCAGAUAUUACAGGUAAGGUGGAAUUGCCUGAAGAUGUCAAGAUGGUCAUGCCUGGGGACAAUGUGACUGCUAUAUUUGAGCUGAUCACUCCAGUUCCACUUGAUGCAGGCCAAAGGUUUGCUUUGAGGGAGGGUGGUAGAACUGUUGGUGCAGGAGUAGUUUCCAAAGUCAUAAGUUGAAAACCUGAGACGCAAAGCAUUGUAUUUUACAUUUUUGGUCUUGUAAGAAAACAUCUCUUUGAAAAUAGUUUCAUGAGUACUUGCAUAUGAGGUUUUCAUUUGACAAACUGCUAUUGGGAGUUAGAAUGCCAGUAAAAUUCAACAUACUGGAAGAGAAGUUCAUCUCUUGUUCCAUCUGUAAGACCCAAGACGGUUCUAGUUUACAUAUAAAAUUAAAUAAAUAUUAUCGCUGCUGUGACUAUUGUCCACGGUUUUUGGAUCA